AUGGGAUUAUCAGCGUCAAAGCGAGUGAGCAACAGUUUACAGAACUCGACUCAAUUUGACUCAGCAUGCGACUCAGUCUUCUCCCAAUGUCUUUCUCUUACACAACACACUUUCCAAGGAGUCUUACCUUACCAGCUCAAAACCGCUUCCGAUCAAAUCCACACAAUCCUCUCCGAUUCGCACUAUCCACUCAUCCACAAAUGGCUCCCAUCCCCUCCCGAUCGCACUCAAGUUGACUCCGCCCUUCGCCACGUCCUACCGCCCGAUCACGACGGCAACAACGUCCUCCCACUCCCACUCUUCAAGGAAUGGGCUCGCUACCUCUACACCGACGCUGUCUUGUCCUCCGCCACCAAAGCGCUUCUCCUACGAGUUCCUGUUGGUGUCGCCGGAAUCGUUGGAAUCAGUGCCGUCGCUCACCCUGGUCCGGCACUACUAGGAACAUUCGUUGGAGCCUACUCGCUCGGUGUUGCUCUCUCUAUUUUUCUAGGUUUAUCCGCAUGA